AUGAUAAUUAAAUUAACUCCAGGAAGUAUAGGCCUUUCAGCCAAUUUUACAAAUACUUUUCCGCCGUCGUGCAAUCACGUAUACAGAUUCGAAUAUAACUCACCAGAGAAAGUAAUUUUUGAAAUAAAUCUAGUAGAAGCUAACGUUUACUCAGAUCAAUCUAUAGCGAGCGUUUCUCUGCCACUAGAAUGGUUUCCAAAAGAUCAGAUUGUAAGAAUGUGGUUUCCACUCAAACCAGCCAGGCCUGGCAUAUCCGACCUACUUGUCUUAUUAGAUAUUCAUCUCGCAUUUCAAACAGCCGAAUUUCAGGCACCUUUUGGUAAUAUGCUUGUAAAACCGAAAUGGCAAAUCCCCGAUUACCUCUGGCGUUUAAAUCCUCAAGCCCCAAAUCAAAAUACUUAUUCAAAUAUUCGUUAUCCAAUGAGCCAACAAACAGCAGGACCUAUGUACCCAGCCCAAUACCCUGUACCAAUGUAUCCAAACCAAAACGGAGGAUGGAAUUAUAAUCAAGGCCAUAUGGGAGGUUCUCCACAAUAUAUGGGACAGCCACCAGGUGGAGUUAAUGCUCAGCAGCCCAUUUAUCCUCCGCCUCAAAUUAAUUAUCCAAGGGUACCUGCACCUGGACAACCCCCACCAGGAUCUAAUUCUCAGUGGGGUGGCCAGCCAUACUAUCAUUAG